AUGUCGGUCAGUUUCCAGAAGUUCAUAGCAACAAUUGGUGGUUCCUAUUCCUCAACACUUAACCAUGCUCUUUUAUAUGAGAACCAACUCAACGGAACAAUACCAUCUUGGUUAGGUAGUUUGCCAUCAUUGGAGCAGUUAGACCUCACAAGUAACCAACUCAGCGAUAAUAUCAUUGAGUUCCAAUCUCGUUCUUUGGAAUUCCUUUCUUUAAGUGAUAACAAGCUACAUGGCCUAAUUCCGAGAUCAAUCUUUGAACUUGAGAACCUUAGGAACCUUGGACUAUCAUCCAACCAACUCAGCGGUAAUAUCAUUGACUUCCAAUCUUGUUCUUUGUCACUGCUUGAUCUAUCAUCCAAUAACCUGAGUGGAAAUUUGGAGUUUGAAAAGUUUUCAAAACUCCAAAGUCUCAGGGCGCUUAAUCUUUCCUUUAAUCAUCUAUCCUUGAGCUUCAACCAUUUGAGUAACAACACCUGGCCUCAACUUGAGGCACUAGAUUUGUCGUCUUGUAACAUAAGUGAGUUCCCAUACUUUCUAAGAAGCUCACAAAAUUUGGGUAGCUUAUUCCUUUCCCACAAACGAAUCCAGGCCGACAUUCCCAAAUGGUUGUUGGAUUUGGGGAAAGAUUCAUUGUCGUAUUUAGGUCUUUCUCACAACUCUUUGACUGGCACUGUAGGACAGCUUCGGUGGAAAAACCUCCAGUAUCUUGACCUUCGCAACAAUUCACUUCAAGGAGAGCUUCCAAUUCCACCACUUUCCUCAUAUUACUUUUUCAUAUCAAACAAUCAAUUCAUUGGAGAGAUGCCUCCAACGAUCUGCAACCUAAGUAUGCUUCAAAUCCUUGAUUUGUCUAAUAAUAGAUUGAGUGGCAAGAUUCAUCAAUGCAUAGGGAACUUUAGUCAGAGCCUCUCUGUUUUGGAUCUACGGAAUAAUAAAUUUCAUGGAGCAAUUCCUAGCACAUUUUCUAAGGGAAACCUUUUGAGAAAUCUUAAUCUUAAUGGAAAUCAGUUGGAAGGGUCGUUGCCGCCAACUUUGCUCACAUGUAGAGAGUUGGAAGUUCUAGACCUUGGAAACAACAAAAUUCAAGGCACAUUCUCAAAUUGGCUGGAAUCUCUUCCGAAGUUGCAGGCAAUGAAAGACAAACAACGAAAGUUUUGA